AUGGAUAUGGAAAGCAAUAGCCACGCCAAUAUUCCGACAGGAACUGAACAGUCACUGCUUGAUGACAUGCCUGUCAACGUCGUCUCUGCGCUGUCUAUUACUGACCAGUAUGAUUACAGUUGUGGAAUAAGAACAUGGCGCCCUCGGUGCCUGCAGGCGUUUGCGAAGGCUCAAUUUGCAGUGGCCGGUCUCGUGAUUGCAACACUGUGCGUGACUUUAAAUUUUGCUGCAAUGUCAUCUGCUUUAAACAACUGGGAGAAACGCUACAGUUUACCCUCUACUAUAGUUAGCCUUGCAUUCACUGUCAUGGAUGUAGCCAUGUUGUUGCCACUAAUUCUAAUAACCUACAUAGGUGGUAGACCAGAUACCCACAGACCACGGUGGAUAGGAAGUGGUAUGGUGAUUGGAGGUAUAGGUCUGCUAACUGUCAGCACUCUGCAAUUCAUGUCGGGACCAUAUCAAUAUGGCGUUAUCCGUGAAAAGAAAUCAUUCGAUCUCUGCAGUGCUCAAAAAGAUUAUUCCUUCAACGAAACCAAAGGAUGCAGUGAAGAGACUAUACAUGGAGAGCAGCUUAAAUUAUUAGUACUAAUACUCACUGGAAUAAUCAUGUUUGGCAUUGGUAUAUCUCCACUCUUCACUCUUGGGAUCACAUAUAUUGAUGAUAAUGUUCCCAAGAAUAAAGCCCCUUUCUACAUUGGUGCAAUGAUCUCUAUGUAUGCAUUGGGACCAAUCAUAGCUUUCCCGGUAUCAUCUGCAUAUAAUAACAUGUACGUUGAUUUCUAUCGUGUCAACACAUCAACGAUCGAUAUCAGUCGAUAUGAUCCACGCUGGGUCGGUGCUUGGUGGCUCGCUUUUGUUAUCAAUGGUCCUUUGUGUAUUAUUGUUGGUUUAUCGAUUAUGUUACUUCCGAAAAAGAUCCAUGCUAAAGUAGAAAUUUCAGGUAGUCCAAAUCAAGAAGUAAUUGAGAACAACACUGUCGUUCCUAUUUUAAACAAGAAGCUGAAAGAUCUGCCACAGGCAUUGAAGCGACUAAUGUAUAAUAAGACUUACAUGGCAGUGAUGAUUGCGCGUACAGUUGAUAUAGCCGUGAUAGCAGCAUUGAUGCCUUUUAGUGUCAAAUUCAUUCAUGACCAAUUAAGAGUUACCAUGUCAAUAGCGGGGACCCUUGUUCCUGUUGCAUUUAUUAUACCAAGCGGACUGGGAAUAUUUGUUGGAGGCAUACUAAUGCGGAAGUUCAAACCAUCAUUAUUAACUACAGCUAGGAAUGUCCUCCUUGUAGCUGUUCUGGUUGUACCACUUCCUAUCAUAAUGAUCUUUAUUGGUUGUGAUAAUUAUAGAUUUGCUGGCAUUAAUACAGAAUAUGCAGUUAGAUUAUAUGGUAAUAGUAGCAAUGUGAACAGUGUAACUUCCUGUAACUCUGAAUGUUUAUGUAAAGAUGAUGUGUUUGAUCCGGUAUGUGGAUCAGAUGGAAUUACGUACCUUUCACCAUGCCAUGCAGGAUGUCAAUCUCUGGAUUCCCCUAUGUCACGUGCAAAGAAUUUUACUGAAUGCGCCUGUACUGGUGCAACUAUCAAAGAUAUGCCUAGUAGAAUCAGUUCUGCUCCUACAAGUAAUCAUUCUCUGAUGGCCAAUAAUAACUAUGCAGAGACGUACAACAAUACAAUCAAUAAUGGAUCUGCAUACCUUCUCAAUGAGGACGAUAUAUCAAUACUUGGUUAUGCUAGGACUGGUAUAUGUGGAGAAGAAUGCAAUCAAAUAGUUAUUGUGUUUGUUGUCGUCUUCUUCAUUUUUGGCUUUAUUGGAUCUCUCCCUACAACAAUGACAAUGGAAAUCCUACUGAGGUGUGUUGACCCAGCAGAAAAAACAUUUGCACUUGGAGUUCAAGAUGUGUUUACUCAGCUAUUAGUUUGGAUUCCAACGCCUGUGUUUAUUGGAGCAACCAUUGAUUCCACAUGUGUGUUGUGGGAAACGACAGCAUGUGGCGAUGAGGGCGCUUGUUGGUUAUAUGACAUACCGCAAUACCGCAUGAAAUACAUGUUAGUACUUUUAGCUAUUAAGGUCGUUAGUUUGAUCUUCAAAGCACUGAUUUGGUGGAUGAUUAAGAAUCGCGUUAAUGGAGAUAAGAAUUAUGAUAAUGUUCCAACAAACAAAUCUGAGAAUGAAACUCAUCUUUAA